AUGCAUCCUGGGGAAAGCAGCAAGAGAGCGGCGCCUCCAGCGCUCAGCAGCGGAGGCAGCAUCGACGCCCUACCGGACGGCGUCUUGGAGCACAUCCUCGGCUUCCUGCCUGCGCCGGAGGCCGUGCAGACGUGCGUGCUCGCCCGCCGCUGGGGCUACCUCUGGAGGUCUGCCCCUGGCCUGCGCGUUGGGUGGCUGGGUGAUGGCCCAGGCCUGCACGUUGGGUGGCCGGGUGAUGACGAGCAGGCCUCGCCGCCGGUGAAGGAGCACCGGGAGUUGGUGGACCGCCUGCUCCUCCGCGGAGGUUCGCCGCUUGGCACGUGUGACAUCAGGUUGGGCGAGUUCCAGGACGAUGACUUGCCACGCGUCAACUUCUGGGUCUGGCAUGCUAUAUCGUGCAAAGUAAGGCAGUUCACGCUCAGUAUCCAUUGGCAUAGCUAUCUUAAGCUAGAAGAUCUGCCUCUCGUCUCCCAGCACCUCUCCAGGCUAGAGCUGUGCGGAGUAUGGGUCGACAACAGUUUUCUUGACUUCUCCAGCUGCCCAGCCCUGGAAUAUCUGGAGUUGCUUCAGUGCAAUUUCUUGAUGGUCAAGAACAUCUCAUCUGACUCCCUGAAGCAUCUAAGCAUCACAGAGUCUCGUUUUCCUCAAUUCAUGUUCAAUGAUGUUUUACAGACUCCCAGACGCACUUGCAUUUAUGCGCCAAAUCUGGUUUCACUGCGCCUAGAUGGCCUUGAGAACUUGACUCCCAUGCUUGACAGCACGGGAUCAGUAGUGGAGGCAUUUGUCUGA